GGGAGUUGGUAGUGAGGAGCCGGAAAGGUCCGCGGCGCCUUUGGAUGUUGUUCUCACGGGCGUGCAAAGGGCCACUGUAGUGGAGGGAGCUCACACCGAAACAUUCCUCAAGGCAAGGCAUUUCUGCAGGGAAAUACCCCAACGCCGGGAGGGACAACCUAGAAAACAAUCUACUGGUCAUGAGCGACCUGGAUGCUGCCAGUCAAUCCAAGUUGACGACGUCUGGCGACGACCAAGGACAACCACACCAAGCUCACAAUUUAUCAUCACAGGCGGCUGCACAUCUUUUCCACCAAGAGGAUUCACAUCAGCCUCCUCUUUCCCUCGAUUUUACUGGUCUAUCUGGAACUGAGGAUACUCUAGGAAAUCAUGCUGUCAAUCAUAUUGACCUCCAUGACCCACGCGACUCGCUUAUAGGUGACCUUCACCGUGUUGGAGACCACUCCAAACUUGACGAAAUGACAAUGCUUGAGGCUGUGAACCCUUCUGACACACACGAGGAUACACAGGAAAGUCGAGACUCAGAUCCUGAUAUUAAGCGUGUCAAGGUUUACAAACUCAUCGGCUCACAAUGGGCUGACCAAGGGACCGCUUUUUGCUACGGUCAAUUCGAGAACGAGACCAACCAAGCUUUCCUUAUCGCUCGCUCCGAAGUCCAUUUCGACAAACUCAUCCUGACUACUCGCAUCCGCACAACUGACGUCUAUCAACGCCAACAAGAUACAUUGAUUGUCUGGACCGAACCAGACGGUGCAGAUUACGCCUUGAGCUUCCAGGAUGCCGAAGGGUGUUCAGAGGUGUGGAAUUUCAUCAUUGAGGUCCAGCGUCACAUGAAUGUCGUUGGAGAAAGUAGUGUUGGUUCCUCAUCUCCACGCAGCGAGCACUCGACGACAGCAGCCAUUAUCCGUUCUGGCCACUUGCCUCAGCCGGAACUUGGGAAUAUACCCGAUAUUGAACGUGCAAUAAAAACAUUAGUGCGUGGUCAGGCGAUUAGGGAGAGAAUAUGCGAGUAUAUUCAGCGCGAGGAAUAUAUCAAGAAGAUGAUCGAGGUCUUUAAUAUGGCAGAAGACUUAGAGAAUGUCGAGAAUCUUCAUGCGCUAUGCAGCCUCAUGCAAACCAUACUUGUAAUGAUUCAUGAUCAUGGACUAUAUGAGCACGUCCUCGAUGAUAGCGUUUUCUUUGGUGCCGUGGGCAUGCUUGAAUAUGAUCCCGAGUUCCCAAAUCACAAAGCAAACUACCGAGAGUUUCUCCACGUAACCUCCAAAUUUCACCAACCUAUUCCCAUACAAGACAUUAUGAUUCAGAAGAAAAUUCACCACACCUAUCGUUUACAGUUCCUCAAAGACGUCCAAGACACCAUGUUUCUCCGCGAAAUAUUGUCGCUGUAUGUGAACGAGGAGGUUUUGACGGGAGGGAAAGACAAGGAUGAGAAGCGCGAGGAGAUGGACGCGCUCACUGCGAAUGGCUCCACAUCGACCGCAAGACCUUUCUCAUUUGGCCCACCUGAUAAUCUCUCGGAGAAUGAGAUGGCCCUCCGUAGAGAGGUCUUGGUGCUCAUACAACAGCUUUGCGUCAUGGGUAAAAACGUGCCGCUUGCUGCUCGUAUAUCCCUCUUCCGAUCCCUUGUCAACCGAGGCAUCCUUUUCGCAGUCCAGUGGGCGUUCUCGCUUCCAGAGAAGGACCCGGAAGCGAAAGCGACAAUGAGCAUUGCAGGUGAAGUGAUGUCUGCGCUGCUCGAUCACGAUUUAAAUGGUGUUCGAAAUCACAUCACCAAGCAAGCCUCAGCUAUUGAGAGGGAGAGUAAGGAGGGGAGACCGAUGGGAGAGCAAGCCGAGACUCUUCUACGGAUCAUGUGCAGAGUCGGAGACGCGCUGAAGACCAUGUUAGAUGUCUCUCCCAAAGAUGGUCCUGAUAUGACACCCGCUGGUUUGAACGUCAAACUUCUUCGUCCGAAAGACGAUCCAGGAACCGAGAAAUUCCUCGAUUAUUUCUACAGGAGAUGCAUAGAAGUUCUAUUCAAGCCCCUCAACGACAUUCCCGAGUUCAAGGCUCAGACUGAGCCAAUGCUGAGGCUUUCGCGCGAGAAGACUAACCUUUACCUAUACUUAUGCGACCUAGUGUGCAACUUUGCUCAACAGCAUGGUUUCCGCAUUCACUUUUAUAUGCUUUCCUUCCACAUCUCUGCUCGUAUGGCCUCGUUCCUGAGAGCCCGUGACAAGCACUUGCGUCUCGCUGCCUUUCGUUUCUUCCGCAUAUGCCUCAAGGUCAACAACCCCAAUUUCAUGGUUCACCUUAUGAAACUAGACGUAUUCAAACCAAUCCUGGAUCUCACGAUACAGGAGUCUCGGCGGGAUAGUUUACUAAGUGCCUCAUGUCAGGAAUUCUUCGAACAUAUGCGUCGUGAAAAUAUUAAAGACCCGAUUAAUCACUGCAUGACGAAGCAUGAGCCAUCGGUACGACAGCUAGCUGCAUCACCACUCACUGGCCACAGGUUUAUGUCCUUCAUUCGACGUUGGGAGAUCAACAUAGAACCUCCACCCAAAGAGGAGUCACAGCCUGUCAAGAGUCUCCGAGAUCCCCGACAUAUGGGUCGAAAUAUUGACGUCGAGGAGGAAGACUACUUCAAUGCUGAUGAUGAGGAAGGCGAUAACCAUGCAUCCUUGAUUUCUUCCCAAGUCGGGGGCCGUGACCCAUAUGAUGAAAACCCUCCAUUCAUCUCUCCUCAUUUACGUGGACGCUCGUCGUCACCUGUGCACACUGCAUUGAAACGGAAGCGGCGCGGCGCUAUGGUUGGAAAAGGGUUUCGUCCACAAACGCUUGUGCUUCCUCGCACUCCUCCCCUAAAAUCUCUCGUAGAUUACCGUGACGAAGAUGAGGAAGAAAUUGGCCCACCCUCACCUAAAGUGCCCCAAGCACCAAUAUCUAAAGCUACUGCGACAGGCAGCCCACGCAGCUCUCCCCUUUCGCCCGCUGCAGACAUACCACCCAGUCCCAGAUUGUCGCAUCGACAAAUUUCAUCACGCCCACCUCCUCUUCUUCGGCGGUCCUCUUUGGAUGAAGAGGAUAACCUGUUGGAGUCUUUACUUCGUUCUAAGUCUAUUGCCCCAUCUCCUUCGAACGCCUCUUCAAAGGCAUCCUCCAAGCUUUCCAUGCCGUCAAUACGGCUUGGCGACAAGCGGAGGAGAGAGGAUGAGGAGGAUGAGCAACUAGACCUUUUGGCGAACAAGUCAAAACGACCUGAUCUAGGUCCACGGAAGGACCCUGAGCCCUCGAGCGGUAGAGCAAAUGCGGUGAAGGCUGGGGAUGAUCCACCGAAAAAGUUCAAGCUUGCAUUACGAGGUAUCGUAACUGCAGCGCCGCAACUCUCGACACCUGUACCUUCAGAACCUGGUGCAAAAGACGGGGAUACUGGUUAGCUAGUUAUCUUUCAUGUGCUUAUAGAUCGUACAUUCGUUAAUUUUAUUCGAGGGAACGCGGAAUAAACACUACG